GUCAAUUCUUAAUUUAGAAUGUUGAGACCGUACUAUGCAGCCUGGAUUUGGUGAAUUUUUUUAUGUUGGGAGCAGCUAAUGCUUGAAAGGAAAUGAAAACUUGUGCUAUAAACCAUCUCAAUUAUUUUUUGCAAAAUUGAACUUACUAUAUUGAUUCAUUCUGUUAUUUGUGCCUUUUUUUUUCAUUUUCCUUUUAUUCUUUUUUUGUCUUUCUUUAAAUGAUUACUCUUGCAUAUAGAAAGAGACAACUGCCCUUAUGAUGCUCACAGGACACUGGCUGUUGUAACUGCAGAGAAUUUUCGCAGAAACUUGCCUGUAACCUCCUUACUGAAAGUUUUCAUAGUUUAAUUGCAUUCAAUAUCUGCUCAGACCUGCCUGUUUGCUGUCCCAACUUAGUUUUUCUUUACAAAUCUGUUCAUUAUAAUUAAUUUGUAAUCAAUGUUUUUCCUAUGUGUAUAUUGGCUGUUAUGAUUAACUGUAGUAAUUUAUGAGCUCUCAGUGUUGUUUUCCUUUCCGAUUUUGUUUUUGGGAGAAUUUUACUUUCUGCAUAUUGGGGGUGAUUCUGUUCCCAGAGGAAUCUUUUGGGUCUGAAAGUUAAGUCCUUCCUGUUUGUUCAAUCCAAAAAGGAGAAAUCAUGAAUUCUGUUCUCUGCGCAGAACUAGCAGAGCUGUAAACUCGAGUUAUCAGAGCCUGUGGGUCGUAAUACUAUUUACAAGAUUGCUACCCGAGUUUCUUGAACUUUUUUACAUGAUGAUCUCGUGUUCAAUUGUUCAUCAUAAUAGCUGCAGAGUUAUUUUUCAUCUUUCAAAGAAUUUUAAUCAGACCAUAACUGAAAAAACAUUAUGAAAUUAAUCCAAGAAUUUGCAUUUCUUCUGUUGCAAAAAAUGAAGCCAACACUAGAAUUUUUGUAAUAUGUAAGCCUACCACUCAAGCUUCCAGCAAAAGAGGGAGGUUAUGGUUAGUUUAUGAUUGGGUUUCAUUGCUGCCUUACAGGUUACUGCUAUUGUAUUUGGUGUUUGUUAACCAUCUCUUUUAAAUCACUGAUGCUUGGAUUCAUAUGUUCCAGAAAUCUUAUGUUGCCUGCUGUUUUAUGAGUGUUCUUGGCUUUUGUUGUAUGAGUUUAGAAACUGCUACCACCUUGACACCUAAAUGUUCUUUUAGCCUUCGUUUAUCUCAACUUUAAAUUUCUGUUUGUUGUUUGAACCAUGUCUGUAAUCUUCUAUUGUGUAAUUAUAUGCCAUGAACAUGUCUAUUUAUGCACAAUUUCUGUUCCAGACUUGUUUCUCAUUCUUUCCUAGAUCUGCCUAUCCCCCUCACUCCCACCUUAGUCCUCCUCCUGAGUGAUCUGUCUCUGGUUGAUUUCCGUUUUUUUCUUUCAGGUAUUUCUUAUUUUCCUCCUUGACUGGGUUGCUUUUACGUCAUUGUGCAGAGAGGUUUGUAACAAGAAGGCAUAAGCCACUCUGGGAAAUCCUCAACAAGACACCUCAAAUGGAAGACACACCUAGACACACGUGCCUCAAACUAGAGCUACCCCAAGAUGAUUCAGGGACUCACGAGUCUGAACCUCUAUUUGUAAAGGGCACAUGGUUCCCCUCUCGCUUCGACCUUGCCAUCACAGAUGGCUGUGAUGCUUGGACCUGUAACGCAUCGGAGGAGGAGGUUGAUGAGCGGGCUUCACAGUGGGAUCAGCCAGUGACAGAGUACAUUGAUUUGGCUGAGAAAUAUUUGGGGUUUCAGCAACCUGGGUCUGUCUAUGGAUUCUCGGAUGCUGGAAAUGGGCACAAAAGGUUAUCGUGGACAUUUGAGAAGGAAGGGAUCAAAUUAGAGUGGCGAUGGAAGUGCCAACCAGCGCUUAACAUGAAGAAAACUACUGCAGAUAUUAUGGAUUUUCUCAUGGACGCAAACAUUAGGCUAAGUGAGGAAGUUGUCAGGAAAACUGAGACCUGUGACAGGCUAAGGGUGGAGGCUGAGAAAUGUUUGGCUCAAAGUGAGAAGCUUAGUGUGGAGAAGGCAGAGUUUGAAGAUGAGAUUUAUGCAAAGUUUCUUGUAGUCCUGAAUUCAAAGAAGUCGAAACUCAGAGAACUCCGUGAUCGCCUGUCAAAUCAAAAGGCCGCAGGGGAGUUACCUGAAGAAGAGGAGGGAGAAUCUACUGACAAAACUGAGAGUUACGAUGAAAGAAGUGAUGAUGGAAACAAGUCUGAGGAAGAAGCUGGGACUUCGAAGGAUAUCCCGGCCAGCAAAUCACGUCCUGUCCCAGCAACCAGUUCGCGUGGUCGUGGUAGGAAAAGGAAGUGAAUUACAAAUUCGUCUUGUAAUGUGUCUUCUUUUUGUCAAAUGUUAAGCUAAAGAUCCAGAAAAGUAAAGGGGAAAAGGAAUGCAAAUUUCGACAGCCUUGUACAGGGAAAUGAGAUGCUAGACUUUCACCACAGGUAGCUUGUUUUGGUUAUAUCACAACUGGAAUUAUUACAUUGUUGUGGCCCUAACACUGAUUGCUAAUGUUGGCCCUAUGCCAAACACAAAUAGGACAAUCAUUUUGGGACUGAGGAAAAACUGACUUUUGACUGAUAAUAGAUAAUCAUUUUGGUUUUGUAAAUCACUCUGGCAUGUGAGAUUAUGAACUGAUGAAAUCUCUACCCUAC